AUGUCUCGUGAGAGGAAAGGCCUCUCGGAGCUGCGAUCGGAGCUCUACUUCCUCAUCGCCCGGUUCCUGGAAGAUGGACCCUGUCAGCAGGCGGCUCAGGUGCUGAUCCGCGAGGUGGCCGAGAAGGAGCUGCUGCCCCGGCGCACCGACUGGACCGGCAAGGAGCAUCCCAGGACCUACCAGAAUCUGGUGAAGUAUUACAGACAUUUAGCACCUGAUCACUUGCUGCAGAUCUGUCAUCGACUGGGACCUCUUCUUGAGCAAGAGAUUCCACAGAGUGUUCCUGGAGUACAAACUUUGUUAGGAGCUGGAAGACAGUCCUUGCUACGCACAAACAAAAGCUGCAAGCAUGUUGUGUGGAAAGGAUCUGCUCUGGCUGCAUUGCAUUGUGGAAGACCACCAGAGUCACCAAUUAACUAUGGUAGCCCACCCAGCAUUGCGGAUACUUUGUUUUCAAGGAAGCUGAAUGGAAAAUACAGACUUGAGCGACUGGUUCCAACUGCAGUGUAUCAGCACAUGAAAAUGCAUAAAAGAAUCCUUGGACACCUGUCGUCUGUGUACUGUGUAACUUUUGAUCGAACUGGCAGACGGAUAUUUACUGGUUCUGAUGACUGUCUUGUGAAAAUCUGGGCAACAGAUGAUGGGAGAUUAUUGGCUACUUUGAGAGGGCAUGCUGCUGAAAUAUCAGACAUGGCUGUCAACUAUGAGAAUACCAUGAUAGCAGCUGGAAGUUGUGAUAAGAUGAUCCGAGUCUGGUGUCUUCGAACGUGUGCGCCUUUGGCUGUUCUUCAGGGCCACAGUGCAUCUAUAACGUCACUACAGUUCUCACCAUUGUGCAGUGGCUCAAAGAGAUAUCUGUCUUCUACUGGGGCAGAUGGCACGAUUUGUUUUUGGCUCUGGGAUGCUGGAACCCUUAAAAUAAAUCCGAGACCUGCAAAAUUUACAGAGCGCCCUCGACCUGGAGUUCAAAUGAUCUGUUCAUCUUUUAGUGCUGGUGGAAUGUUUCUGGCCACAGGAAGCACAGAUCACAUUAUUAGGGUUUAUUUUUUUGGAUCAGGUCAGCCAGAGAAAAUAUCAGAAUUGGAGUUUCAUACUGACAAAGUUGACAGUAUCCAGUUUUCCAACACUAGUAACAGGUUUGUAAGUGGCAGUCGGGAUGGGACAGCACGUAUUUGGCAGUUUAAACGAAGAGAAUGGAAGAGUAUUUUGCUGGAUAUGGCUACUCGGCCAGCAGGCCAAAACCUUCAAGGGAUAGAAGAUAAAAUCACAAAAAUGAAAGUAACUAUGGUAGCAUGGGAUCGACAUGACAAUACAGUUAUAACUGCAGUUAAUAACAUGACUUUGAAAGUUUGGAAUUCUUACACCGGUCAACUAAUUCAUGUCCUGAUGGGUCAUGAAGAUGAGGUAUUUGUUCUUGAGCCACACCCAUUUGAUCCAAGAGUUCUCUUUUCUGCUGGUCAUGAUGGAAAUGUGAUAGUGUGGGAUCUGGCAAGAGGAGUCAAAAUUCGAUCUUAUUUUAAUAUGAUUGAAGGCCAAGGACAUGGUGCAGUAUUUGACUGCAAAUGCUCUCCUGAUGGUCAGCAUUUUGCAUGCACAGACUCUCAUGGACAUCUUUUAAUUUUUGGCUUUGGCUCCAGUAGCAAAUAUGACAAGAUUGCAGAUCAGAUGUUCUUUCAUAGUGACUAUCGGCCCCUUAUCCGUGAUGCCAACAAUUUUGUAUUAGAUGAACAGACUCAGCAAGCCCCUCAUCUCAUGCCACCCCCUUUUUUGGUUGAUGUUGAUGGUAAUCCUCAUCCAUCAAGAUAUCAGAGAUUAGUUCCUGGUCGUGAAAAUUGCAGGGAGGAGCAGCUCAUCCCUCAAAUGGGGGUAACUUCCUCAGGACUGAAUCAAGUUUUAAGUCAGCAAGCAAACCAGGAAAUCAGCCCACUGGACAGUAUGAUUCAAAGACUACAGCAGGAGCAAGACCUGAGACGUUCUGGUGAAGCAGCUGUCAGUAAUACCAGCCGUUUAAGUAGAGGCUCUACAAGUUCUACCUCAGAGGUUCAUUCACCACCUAAUGUAGGACUAAGGCGUAGUGGUCAAAUCGAAGGUGUACGGCAGAUGCACAGUAAUGCACCAAGAAGUGAAAUAGCCACAGAGCGGGAUCUUGUAGCUUGGAGUCGAAGGGUGGUAGUACCUGAGCUAUCAUCUGGUGUAGCCAGUAGGCAAGAAGAAUGGAGAACUGCAAAGGGAGAAGAAGAAAUAAAGACGUACAGGUCAGAAGAGAAAAGAAAACACUUGGCAGUUCCAAAAGAGAAUAAAAUGCCUGCUGUCUCAAAGAAUCAUGCUCAUGAACAUUUCCUGGAUCUUGGAGAAUCCAAAAAGCAGCAGGCAAAUCAACACAAUUACCGCACGAGAUCUGCAUUAGAGGAGACUCCUAGACCUUCAGAAGAAAUAGAAAAUGGCACAAGUUCUUCAGAUGAAGGUGAGGUUGUUGCUGUCAGUGGUGGAACAUCUGAAGAAGAAGAGAGAGCUUGGCACAGUGAUGGCAGUUCUAGUGACUACUCCAGUGAUUAUUCUGACUGGACAGCAGAUGCCGGAAUUAAUUUGCAACCACCAAAGAAAAUUCCUAAGCAUAAAACCAAGAAAGCAGAAAGCAGUUCAGAUGAAGAAGAAGAAUCUGAAAAACAGAAGCAAAAACAGAUUAAAAAGGAAAGGAAAAAAGUAAAUGAAGAAAAGGAUGGACCAGUAUCACCAAAGAAAAAGAAGCCCAAAGAAAGAAAACAAAAGAGAUUGGCUGUGGGAGAACUGACGGAGAACGGCUUGACGUUGGAAGAAUGGUUACCUUCAACAUGGAUUACAGACACUCUUCCCCGAAGAUGUCCAUUUGUGCCACAGAUGGGUGAUGAGGUUUAUUAUUUCCGACAAGGACAUGAAGCAUAUGUUGAGAUGGCCCGGAAAAAUAAAAUUUAUAGUAUAAAUCCCAAAAAACAACCAUGGCAUAAAAUGGAACUGCGGGAACAAGAACUGAUGAAAAUAGUUGGCAUAAAGUAUGAAGUGGGAUUGCCUACACUUUGCUGCCUUAAACUUGCUUUUCUAGAUCCUGAUACUGGUAAACUGACCGGUGGAUCAUUUACAAUGAAGUAUCAUGAUAUGCCUGAUGUUAUAGAUUUCCUGGUCUUGAGACAACAAUUUGACGACGCAAAAUAUAGGCGGUGGAAUAUAGGUGACCGUUUCAGAUCAGUCAUAGAUGAUGCCUGGUGGUUUGGAACAAUAGAGAGCCAGGAACCACUUCAGCCUGAGUACCCUGAUAGUUUGUUCCAGUGUUACAAUGUUUGCUGGGACAAUGGAGAUACAGAAAAGAUGAGUCCUUGGGAUAUGGAGCUUAUACCUAAUAAUGCUGUAUUUCCUGAAGAACUAGGUACCAGUGUUCCUUUAACUGAUGUUGAAACCAGAUCAUUGAUCUAUAAGCCUCUUGAUGGCGAAUGGGGUGCCAAUCCCAGGGAUGAGGAAUGUGAAAGAAUUGUUACAGGAAUAAACCAGUUGAUGACACUAGAUAUUGCUUCAGCAUUUGUGGCUCCUGUGGAUCUGCAAGCUUAUCCUAUGUAUUGCACUGUAGUGGCAUAUCCAACGGAUUUAAGUACGAUUAAACAAAGACUGGAAAACAGGUUUUACAGGCGAGUUUCUUCCCUAAUGUGGGAAGUUCGAUAUAUAGAGCAUAAUACACGAACAUUUAAUGAGCCUGGAAGCCCUAUUGUGAAAUCUGCUAAAUUUGUGACUGAUCUUCUUCUACAUUUUAUAAAGGAUCAGACUUGUUAUAACAUAAUUCCACUCUACAAUUCAAUGAAGAAGAAAGUUUUGUCUGACUCUGAGGAAGAAGAGAAAGAAGAUGCUGAUGUGCCAGGAACUUCUACCCGGAAAAGGAAGGAUCAUCAGCCUAGAAGACGACUACGUAACAGAGCACAGUCUUAUGAUAUUCAAGCAUGGAAGAAACAGUGUCAAGAAUUGUUAAAUCUCAUAUUUCAAUGUGAAGAUUCUGAGCCUUUCCGCCAGCCAGUAGAUCUUCUUGAAUAUCCAGACUACAGAGACAUCAUUGACACUCCAAUGGAUUUUGCUACCGUUAGAGAGACUUUAGAAGCUGGGAAUUAUGAGUCACCAAUGGAGUUAUGUAAAGAUGUCAGACUUAUUUUCAGUAAUUCCAAAGCAUAUACACCAAGCAAAAGAUCAAGGAUUUACAGCAUGAGUUUGCGCCUAUCUGCUUUUUUUGAAGAACACAUUAGUUCAGUGUUAUCAGAUUAUAAAUCUGCCCUUCGUUUUCAUAAAAGAAAUACAAUAACAAAAAGGAGGAGGAAAAGAAAUAGAAGCAGCUCUGUUUCCAGUAGUGCCGCAUCAAGCCCUGAAAGGAAAAAGAGGAUCUUAAAACCCCAGCUGAAGUCAGAUAUUACUACCUCUCCAUUCUCUGCACCUACACGGUCAAUACCACCAAGGCACAAUACUGCUCAGAUAAAUGGUAAAACAGAAUCCAUUUCUGUAGUUCGAACCAGAAGCAAUCGAGUGGUGGUAGAUCCAGUUACCACUGAGCAACCAUCUACUUCUUCAGCAGCAAAGACUUUUAUUUCAAAAGCUAAUACAUCUGCAGUGCCGGGGAAAACAAUUCUAGAGAAUUCUGUGAAACAUUCCAAAACCUUGAAUACUCUUUCAAGUCCUGGUCAGUCCAAUUUUAGUCAUGGCACUAGGAAUAAUUCUACAAAAGAAAAUAUGGAAAAGGAAAAGCCAGCCAAACGUAAAAUGAAAUCAUCUGUGCUCUCAAAGACACCCCCUCUCUCAAAGUCAUCACCUGUCAUUGAGCAAGCUGACUGUAGAAACAAUGCUCUUGUACCUGGAAGCAUUCAAGUCAAUGGCCAUGGAGGGCAGCCGGCUAAGCUUGUGAAGAGGGGGCCUGGGAGGAAACCUAAGGUGGAAGUUAAUAACAGCAGUGGUGAAGUCACACACAAGAAGAGGGGCCGGAAGCCCAAAAAGCUCCAGUACACAAAGCCUGAAGAUUUGGAGCAAAAUAGCGUGCAUCCCAUCAGAGAUGAAGUAGUUCCUUCCUCAACCUGCAGUUUUCUUUCCGAAACUAAUAUUGUAAAGGAGGAUUUGUUACAGAAAAAGAGUCGUGGAGGCAGAAAACCCAAAAGGAAGAUGAAGACACACAAACUAGACUCAGAUCUCAUAGUUCCCACAGGUGUUAAAAUGCUAAGGAGAAGUAACCGGAAAAAGACAGAUGAUCCCAUGGAUGAGGAAGAGGAAUUUGAGGAACUUAAAGGCUCUGAACCUCACAUGAGAACUAGAAAUCAAGGUCGAAGGACAGCCUUCUAUAACGAGGAUGACUCUGAAGAGGAGCAAAGGCAGCUGUUGUUUGAAGACACUUCUUUGACUUUUGGAACCUCUAGUAGAGGACGAGUCCGAAAGUUGACUGAAAAAGCAAAAGCUAAUUUAAUUGGGUGGUAA